AUGCCACCUGGUAAUGAGUAUGCUGCCGAGCAGCUCAAGGCGCAAGGGAAUACUUGCUUCAAGAACGGCGACUAUGAAGGCGCCGAGACGUAUUACUCGCAGGCCAUCCAGAAGAACCCGAGCAACCCCUUGCUCUUCACCAACCGUGCCAUGGCGAGAAAUAAGCUCGAGAAGUGGGAGGGCGUGAUAGACGACUGCAUACGGAGUAUUGAGCAGCUUCCAGAAAACAUGAAAGCCUUCCAUCUGCUGUCGCAAGCCCAACUCGCGGUCAAUCAUCCCAACGAAGCCCUCUCCAGCGCCCUGAAAGCUUACGAGUACUGCACAAAGUCCACGCAGCAGACCACCUUUUCCAACGCCGCCCUGAUAUCCCAGCACGUUCUGAAGUGCAAGAAGCGCAAGUGGGAGAUCCGCGAACGCGAACGCAUACGGCGGCGAGGCAACCUCCUUUCCGACCUUGAGGAGAUGCUCGAGCGUGACCACAAGAACGAGCUCGACCAAGUCGACGCACGCAUGGAGGCUGGCGAAAUAAGCCGAACAGAGGGCCGCGAAGAGAAGGAAGACCGCCGGCAAGAGUUCGAGAAGAAGCGUGACGACUUGCGUACAUCAUUUGCGAUUUCAGACCCCGAGAGUCAGCAGAAGCGCGAGGUGCCAGACUACCUAGUGGAUGGUAUCACGUUUGAGAUUAUGCACGAUCCUGUGGUCACGAACAAUGGGCGCAGUUAUGAGAGGGCGACGCUCAUCGAACAUCUAAAGCGCAGUCCGACGGACCCCUUGACGCGAGAGCCGCUGAAGAUCAGUGAGCUCAGACCGAAUCUGGCGCUGAAGGAGGCGUGUCAGGAGUUCAUGGAGACGAACAGUGGCUGGAUCUAUGAUUGGUAA